AUGGCGCAUCUCAACGGAACCUCUGCGCUCAGCCGCGCGAGGUCGAAUCGAGCUUCCGCAACCACUAGCAAGCCGGCGCAGACUACCUCCCGAGCGAACGCUCCAGGGGUGACUUCAACAACCACCGCUUCCCACUUGACCGUCUCCCCGACCGCCCCAUCACACCUCUCGCUUUUCUUAGCCAACCUUCGGCUUCUCAAUUUCGACCUCCACCCUCAGUGGCCCGACAUUAGUACACUCACGUUCAGCACAAAAGAUGCCGCGGGAGGACAGAAGAAGCGCGUACAAUCCGUGGAAUGGGCCCUCUAUUACCUCUUCAGGCUUUGGGACCCCGAGGAAACCCGCAACAAAUUGCAGCCCUUCUUCCCGCCGCUCGACCAGGUUCAGUCACUCAAUCUCCGUGCCGCGCUCCUUCGGGGACUGGAACAGGCAAAAAAGAAUGGCGUUCUCGGUCGGGAUGCCGUUGUGCGCAAAACCAUGCUCGACGAGUGCAAGGGAGAGAGGUUGGAGGAGGUCCUGGCCGUUUUCUCCUCGGCUGUUCUGAAAAAGGUGGUGGCCGAACAGCAGCUGAACGGAGGAGGAUAUCCUGCCCUAGCCCAGAUGCUAGCUUUGGAGAACCGAGGGUAUUCUGGCGAGCGGACAGAGCUGACGGCACUGGUAUUGGCGCACAGGGUGUCGUUGCGCCGGACGCUGAACGAGAAGAAUGCGUCGCGGGCACGGUUCAAAGAAUUUUCGGGUUUGUUGGCAAAUAAAGAGAAAGCCAUCAUAAAGAAGCGCGAGGCGGCCGAGGCUGCGAAACGAAGCAAGCAGGGCAAGGUCGUCACCGACGACCAGAAGCGUGAGGUCCGGCGCACUGUGCAGAACAACUGGACCGGCGAUGAGCGCUGGAUGGAGGCGCUUCUCCGUGGUGACAGCAAAGUGAACAAGGACGGGCUACUCGCUGCCCCUUAUGACAGGGUUUGGAGGCGGGUACAGUCCGGCCGGCUUGCGGAACUCGAGGAGACAUCUGCCGGGCUUUUGGGUCAGCUGGAGAGCAGAGUCCGGGACCAGCAGGAGAGGUUGCAGAAGUGGCAGGGUUUUCGCCAGAGGAUGUUUGGCAAGUCUGGGUCUGAACCGGCAAAGCAAGAGCAAGAACAGAACCCCAAGCGAAGAGGCAUCGAUUUCGGGUUCAAGGCUCACGAGAGCCUACAUUUCGACCGCAUGAGUCCGAAGAAGCUGCCUCGCGCCAUGCCCAACCAACUUGAUAGCCACUACGAGGCGCUCAUCACAGGCCUGAGGUCGGAUUUGUCCAAGAUCAGCCCAACAGUCCCAACCAUUCCCUCAUUCCUCGACAGGCCGCAGCUGGAUCGGCCGAGAGUAAGAAUGGAGGAUAUUGAGUCGGAGUCUGAUGUGAUAUCCGACAUUAGUGACCACGAGCAAGCUCAACUUGCCGCACGUCCGUCACCCUCUCGUCGAGAGCCGAUCAAAGUGUCGGAGGAGCCUGCUUUCGAACCUGUUCUGCGGAAGGCGCAGACCUUUGACGAUGAACACGCAUUCCUCUACGAGGAGCCACUCACCCCAUCGCGUCUUCAACGGUCAUCAACGAUCCAGUCCAAUUCCCCUUCGCGCACCCGCCUGUCUAUGGCCCGGCGGACCUCCCAGGCCAACCUCCGCGCCGCGGCCGAGGAAGACGGGUCCAGCGAGGAGGAGGAUGUCGAUGAGGAGGAGGAGAAGGCGGAUGAGCUGCCCGCGCCGCCCACGCCCAGCCGCGCGCCCAUCACCAUCCCCAUCGUGACCGAACCGCCGCAGACGGACGAGGAUGAUGCUGCUGCUGGUGAACAGGAGGAGGAGGGGUAUGCAUACGAGGACCUGACGGCCCGCACCCGGCGGAGCAUGGUCGGCUACGAGGCGGCGCGGCAGAAGGCGCAGCUGGAGCGGCGGCGGUCGCUGAGGAAGGCGAAUGCCCCCUCGACGCCGGUUGCUGGCGGGAAGGGUGGGUACUUUCCGUCGGUGGAUGAGGAGGAGGGGGAUACGACGCUGUUGCUGGCGGAGGAGCUGAUUAGUGGGGGGCGGGAUGAUGAUUAUGAGGCGGUGUUUAUGAGCCGGCCGAAGUUGAAGACUAAAGCGGGCCUGGCGCACGUCGCCCUUGAUGCGGUUCUGGGCCACGGACCGCUGCAGCACCCGGAAGCCGCGCGCCAGGUCCACGUUGCCCUUGAUGUCCACCGUGCGGCCCGUCGAGGGCCGCAGCCGCAGCUCCGGCUCCGACACGUCGUAGUGCUUCGGCAGGAACGCGUCCUCGUUCCACGUGCUCAUCGUCCCCAGCGCCGGGCCCGCCCCCGCGAGGUUGUACAGCCCGCCGCCACCGCUGCUGUUGCUGCUGUUGCUGGGGCCGUAGCCGGUCGGUGCCCGCCCCGUGAGCGUCGUCAUGUUGCUCGUGCGGAACGGCGGUGGCGGCGGUGGCCGCGGGGGCAUGGGGGCGCCGCGGCUUUGCGCGAGCGAGUUCUCUCCUCCUUAUGGAGCGCCGCCGGCUUAUCCAUCGUAUCCGGGCGCGUCGCAUGCCCCGGGAAUGGCACCGCCCCCUGGCUUAGCGGCCUUCCUGCGUCCUUCCAAGCGCCGCCGAACCUGCCCAACAUCAACUUCAACGCACCGGUGAUCCGUCUCGGCGCCAGCAUGCCGCCGGCGAAGCCCGGCUCAUCCCUAGCAAGUGACCGCAAGGACUCAUAUACCCCGACAUCCGGCCGGCCGGGACUAGGUGCGGAGCGUGGCAUGGACCAGUCCCGCGCCCAGAUGAGGGAGAGCAUGCAGUCGCUGGUGCCGCCCACGACAGAAGAACGACUCAGAACGAUAUUCGUGCACAAGAUCUCCGAUGGCGUUGGGGGCGAGGCGGGCAUACAGAGGCUACUGAACACGGUCGGUAGGCUGCGGCGGUGGGAUUCAGGACAAUCACAUCUCUCAGAGCACAAGGGGGCUUUGUUUGGGUUCGCACACAAGGCGGACGACUCGGCGGUUGAUGCGCGGUUAGGCGAGGCGAGGCUUGCGCUGAGGCAGUUGGUUCGCGACUUGUUCUACCCCCGCACGGCUGGCGGCCGCGAUGGCGAUGGCGACACUGCUAUGGCCAAUGGGUCAAAUGGUCUGGGCGACGUCGAGGUGAUUAACAUUCCCUUGGCCCCCGAAGACGAGCUAGCAGAUAUCCCCGCCGAAAUGCGGGCAACAGUGGCUGCCGAGAUUGCAGCCUUUAGAGACCGGAGCAAUCAGCGAGACCUUGAGCGUCUCCGAAAAGAGGAGGAAUUUGAAGAAAUGGAGCGUCAACGAAACGGCGCGCCUCGCAAGUCAAGGCUAGAACAAUCCCCUCCGCCGAACAACUCCAAUAUGGUACCGCUCGGGCCUCGCGGUGUGCCCAACGCGCCAUCCGGCCCUCGAGGACAGAAUCGGGGAGUGGACUUCGUCAACGGCGGUACCACAAAUGGUCAGUUCCGGGACGAAGAUGAUACAGACGCAGACGACGACGAACUUCACGGCAGGGAGCUUGCAAAACAGCGCACAGAGGACGACAAGGUCUACCUAGAGGCGGAACGCAAGUGGGUCAACCGAGAACGGCAACGCGCGGCGGCCUUGGACAGAGAGCAAGAGCGCGAGAAGUCAGAAACGGAGGGCUUUGGCCGGAGGAGAGACGAGCAGCUCGAGCGGGACAAGAACUGGGACGACGACCGUGAGGCAUCGCGUAAGGGCCACCUCUACUACCGCGACCACGGCCAAUGGAUCCGAGAGCGGACCGCGUUCCGGGCGGCAGAAGCGGCACGGGACGAGAUGGACCGGCGCGCCGAGGAGGACGAGCGCCGCAGAGCCGAGGUGGAGAUGGAGCAUGCCAAGGAUAUGGCCGAUUCGUUCCUGGAGCGGCAGGCCGAGGAGAUGGAGAGGCAACCGGUGGCUCCCGCGGCACCGCAACGCGUUACCAUCUCUUUCGGCGCGGCAGCUCAGAAAGCGGCGCAACGCACGGCCGGCGCGCGGCGGACGGUGGCCGAGGUGGAGGGCCUGCUGGACGACGAGGAGCAGGACCAGACGACCAAGCGGCAACUCGUGCCCAUCAAGUUCGAGCCCAUCACCGACACCAAGACCAUGUCGGAGGAGGACAUCCAGAACGCGGUCCGCGCGCUGGCUCACGAGAUCCCCGUCGACCGGGACGGCCUGUGGGCGUGGGACGUCAAGUGGGACUACCUGGAGGAGUCGGCGAUCCGCGAGAAACUGCGGCCGUUUGUGGAGAAGAAGGUGGUGGAGUACCUGGGCGUGCAGGAGCAGUUCCUGGUGGACGUGGUCGAGGAGCACCUGCGCAAGCACCAGAAGCCGGCCGAGCUGGUGGAGACGCUCAGCGAGGCGCUGGACGAGGACGCCGAGGACAUGGUCAAGAAGCUGUGGCGCAUGGUCAUCUUCUUUACCGAGAGCGAGAAGCGCGGAUUGCCCGCGUGA